UUUGAUUACAAUCCUUAUUUUAAAUUAAUUAACUAAUACGUGUAUAUUUGGAUGCCUAAUAUGCUUACGAGUGUUACAAAAUCUAAACAGAUGGAGCUUCAACGUAUAACCUGUUUUUACGAAAAAUUGGCGCAUAUUGCUACCAGGUUAUGUUUUCUAUUUUGAAAUGGAGGAGCAAAAAUUAUUGAGUAAGAAACGAAAAGCGGAGAGCGAGGAGAACAAGACCCAAUUAGCUAAAGUGUGUAUAGAGCUGGCUGCAUGGUAUAGUUCAAAAGAAAAUUACCAAGCAGCUAUCAAUGAGUACCAAAUUGCAGCUGACAUAUAUCAUAUCCAAGAGAAGAAUGUUGAAUAUGGUUGUAUUAAUAGGAACAUUGGUGAAGCGUAUAUGGAGAUAUAUGAAUUUAAUAAAGCUCUGAAACACCAUGAGAUUCAUCUGAGUGUGUCUAUGAAGGAAGAUGAUAAAUUGGAGCAGCAAAGAGCACUGGCAACAAUUGGGCAUACCUAUUUAACAUCUUACAUUACUAGUGGUGAAAGUGAAUCAAAUAAACAAGCUUUGGAGUUGGCAAACAAGUGUUUCCUGAGAAGCCUGAAAAUAUGUGAAAGUUUAACAGGAAUUAACAAAUUUGAACAUAUGGACAUGAUGGCAAGGCUUUUUGCUAAUCUAGGUGUAGUACAGGAGCAAUUAGGAAAUUAUGAAGCAGGGAUUGACCUACUCAAAAAGUCUUUGACUAUAUGCAAGGCCAAUGAUAUUUAUGUACAUACAGAGAGGGCAUACAGUUUGCUGGGAUCUUUGUAUUGCAAUAUGAAGGAUUACAGCACAGCCAUAAAUCAUUACAAUCUUGCUAUGCAAGUUGCAGGUUUGCUAGAUGAUAAAGUAUCAUUAAUUGGUGCAGCUUUAGUUAGUAAAGCUGAUAUUUUAAUAAAACUAUAUGAUUUCAAUGGUGCAAAAAUGGUCCUGUUGAAGGCAUAUAAACUAAAAGGGAUCAACGCUAUAGACAAAACAACGUUAGAAAAUAAUUUGAAAGUUGUGGCUGCAAUGUGUUACACUGAAGACGAGUUGCUGGUAACAAGCGAAACAGAUUAUGCAAAGAGAAAGAAAUUAUUUGAAAAAAUGGGAGAUGGAGCUUCCAUGUUAAAGAUUUAUGCGAAAGCCAUAGAGUACUAUCAGAAAAUGUUGCAAACUGCCGAAAGCAAUGGUGACAGCGGGAAAGAAUUGAGCGCUUGUUAUGUCUCUUUGGCGCAGACCUACAUGGAUGAUGAAAAGUUCGAUUUGGCGUUAAAAUUUUUCAGAAAAGAAUACGACUUGUUGAAAGCUAACCCCAGUGAAGUAUUUCACACUCUCUUCAAUAUUGUUGAGUUAAUGGAAUUGUUGAAUGCAAAAGUGGAUGAUAUUGUGAUUGAAUUGAACAAAGCGCGUGUGCAUUCCAUGGAAGCUAAUGACAAACACAUGGAGGGAAAAGUGCUUAACAGGUUGAUUGGUAUACUAAGGAAACACAAUAGAUUUGAAGAGGCGAAUGCACUUGAAGCGGAUCUCGAAGAGGUUGACUACACUCCUUCUUCGGACAGCGAAUCUGAAGAAGUUGGCGUCACGCAAAAUAUCGGAGAUGAUAUUGAUUUGGAUAACAUCACAGAUCUCUCUGAUGAGAGCGAUAAUGAAGAAGUUUGUACUAAACCGAGAACGAGGAAAAGGAAGAAUGGAUUACUGAUCAAGCGAAAUGCUAAAGGAGAAACUCAGUUGCAUACAGCCUGCAUUGCGGGCAAAGAGUUAUUUGUUAAAAAGUUACUGGAUCAAGGACACGUGGUAAAUAUUAGAGAUAACUGUGGAUGGUUACCAAUACAUGAGGCAUGUAUUUGUGGACACUUGGAAAUAGUCCGGAUGCUUGUUCAAAAGGGAGCGUUAAUCAACGACAGGGGUGGAGCCAAAUGUUUAGGUAUGACGCCGUUGCAUGAUGCAGCUUCGAAUGGCCAUCUGGAGGUCAUCGAAUAUUUGCUGGACAAUGGAGCUUCUGCAGUAGCUAAAACAGAUGAAGGUGAAACCCCGUUGCAAACAUUGAGGUCUUGGCGGCAAAGAGUUGACUUGGAUCCCAUCGAGCAGACAUACUUCGAGACAAUAGUUCACAGAAUUACCAGCGCUUUGGAAAGGACAGGUCAAAGCACGGCAGAUGUAAUCAGCAACAAAGAGAAUAAGGCGUACACUUUGAUAGACGAGGAUUCGCCGACAUUUUUCGAUGAUGAUUUACAGCCCAGAAAUGCCACUGAAGUCUACAAAACAACAAUAAGUAACCUUCGAACGCGGUCUAGCUCAAACAGCGAAUUGCUACCGAGGAAAAGAUCUUCGCUGAAUCUGAAACGAUCGGCGCUGCUCGAACCCAACGAAGUGGGCGAUGAUUGGCUGGAAGACGAUCUCGGGAGUUCCGUGAAAAAGCGAAAACUAACCCAGAAUCCGACAUCGGAAUCCUACAAACUAAUGAAUACACUAAAUUCAAAAUUAUCUCAACCGCAAAAUAGCAAAGACAUAUCAUCACAGUGUUCAAUCAAGAAAAGCAGCUCCAGCAAGUUUGGAUUGUCGUCGAUGAAAAGAAAAUCGCAGACCACGCUCAUCACUGCGGGGUUCACGAGGAGACGGAGCUCCAGCCCAAAAUCGUUCGAUAGCGAUAGAAGCCAAAGUCCAGUUCCUACGUUCUCUCGGAGCAAGCAUAAUGUAAUUCUGGAAAAAUCUAAUUUCGAAGAACCUGAUUCGACAACGGGCAGUAUAAUGCCAGCCUCACAGGUGGAAACUAAGAUCAAGCAGAUGCUCUUCGUCGAUGUGCGGAUCGAAGGAAAGCUUUUUAGGAUUCCUGUUCCGAUCGCAGAAUUGGAAACGUUGACGGUGAAAUGGUUGUCUAACGAAGCAAUGAAUCGGUUUUACAAGAAGGAAGCGAUAAAACCAGUGAUCGAGUUGGAAACAAACAAUGGAGCGAUGCUCUGUGAGGACGAUUUGAUCAGUAUUUUGUUUCCUUUCGGGGUAACUACUAGCGAAGAGGUGUUAGGUAAAGUCAUCAAAUGGAAUAUACCACCAAUACAAGAACGAUAUAAAGAUUCCUGCGCAACCCUUAAAAAAGAUUGUAAUAAGAAAUUAUUCGACUUGUUGGAUUCAUCCUCGACAGUUUUAAAUUUAAAGGAUCAACAUCUCGGAGUGCAUCUGAUACCGCUCUGCAAAGCGAUCAACCGACAGAAGAAUCUAUUUGAGUUGAACCUGACGGGAAACUACAUGACACCCAAAUGCAUCGACCUGCUGUGCGAGUCCUUGUCAACUUUGGAUAACCUGACCAAAUUGAACUUAAGUUUGAACAAUUUAAAAGUGGAAUCGCUCGAACUCUUGGCUAACAUUCUAGAGGAAUCAUCGCAAAAGCCUAUACUCUACAAUUUGAACGACCUGGAUCUGAGUUUCAAUCCAUUGACCAACGAAAGUUUCAAACACAUAUCGACCAUCACAAAACACCUGAAACUGAAGUCUUUGAACCUUUGUAGCGUAGAGUUCACCAAAUCAGUAUUCGGGUUGUUUUUCAAUAAAAAUCUGCGGCUGAAUUUGGAUGCGUGCGAGAGUUUAGAUUUGAGCUGCAACGAUCUGGACGUCCAGAGUUUGCUCAGAUUCAUCAAUUGGAUGGACCCCAUGAACCUGAAGAGUUUAAGUGUUGGAUACAACUCGGGCAUCAAGGUGAGCGGAUUCGCGUCGGGCUUCAUCGAGUUCAUAAAGACGAGCGACAUCGGCUUACUCAAUGUGAAAACGCUUAAUCUGAACGGUUGUAGAAUAGGUGACGAAGAGACAAUAGAGUUAAUUAGUUCCUUGAUGACAGCGAUUAAUUUAGAGGAUUUAGAUUUGUCCAGCAACGACUUGAAUUUCAACACGUUAAUCAGAUUGCUGGAGGACUUGUCUCUGUCCAAUUUGGAUGUACGUUGUUGCAAGAAUUUAGCUGUUCGAACCGAAGAUGAACGAUAUGAAAUUAAAUUGAACGUUGGUCGAAAAUGCAAGAACCUAAUGACCACGUUGAAUUACACGGAACAUUUCAGUGAAUGUGAUAUAUUGAUUAACUUGUGGAAACGAGAAUAUGAAGAGUUGUACAAAGUCGAAGGCAUCGAAAGCGAAAGGUUGUAUUUAUCUGUACGUGAAGAAUGAAGCUGUUAGCACAUCAUCAAUAGCAUUUUACAUGUAUACUUUAUAUUUAUUUAUAUUAAAUUAAAUGUUUUAAAUUAAUUGUUUAUAAUUAACUUUGCAUACAUGUGAAUGUAUCAAUGCAGAUUGAACAUUGAAAUAGUAGGGAUAAAAUAAAAUUUUAACAUUUUAUGGCAGGUAAAAUAUUUCAUUCCUUUAUUGCAUUACAACGUAUGACACUCAAGUUUAUUUUUUUAUUUUGUUUUCUUCAAAAUAUCAGGAUAACUUUUUGUUACUAGUAUUUAUUUUUGUUUAACUAAUAAUAUCCUUCCUUAAACGGUACAUAUAUAUAUAUUCUUAAUUAAUGUUUAUAUUAUUCCAGGAAAUGUUAU